ACUAAACCGUUCAGAGUCCGUGGUGAGUAAAGACCGUGGACUGUUGGGAGUUUCAGGAGUUUUUAAUCCGGUGUGGUAUACUAAAAAGUGGAAGUUCACGCCGCAUUUACUUGGUAGUAGCCCUUAACAAUACACGCCGAUGACUAAUGCGUGGACUCAGUGCUCUUUGGAACCACAAAAACCGCCAUCGCGUACAAGAAGGAUGUUUAACUAUCUGCACGCUAGCACACAAUGCGCCAAGGUGUUGCUGAUUUCUAUGAAUGUGAUAUGCAUUCUGUUGGCGCUCUUCACAUUUGGGUUUGCUGUAGUGGAUACCAGGAUCUUGAAGACGUAUGGUGAGGGUCAGGCAGCGGGCACGUUGGUCGGCGACCUGGUCGUUAUUGUCGCUAGCCUGUUGUUGGUAUGUGUUGCGAUCCUCGGCUGCGCCGGCACCAUCAAGAACAGCAUCAAGAUUCUAUAUUUGUACGUGAGUCUGCUGUUAAUUCUGGUGUUGCUGGAGAUCAUGAUCGCGAUCUACGUGUCGCUGCAGCGGUACGGGCUUCAGUUUAUGCUCUCGGAGUCGCUUCGCGAGGACUUCUUCCGCAACUACACUGGAGAGGUGAAGAUCACUCGUGAUAAAGUUUGGGAUGACUUGCAGAUUACUUACGAAUGCUGUGGCCUCAAUGGUGCCGAUGACUAUGCCGCGAUAGGCCAGCCGAUAAGCCUUUCCUGCUGCCAGAGAGCCUACAGAGCCAGGACUGCGAACGCUCAACAGCAGAUGUACAAUAGUUGUUUACAGACGGCUUCGUACUUCCGUGAUGGGUGUGAGGAUGCGAUCCUGGACAUGCUGCGGGCUGACGCUGACUAUCUUCUCGGAGUAGCAGUCCUCAGCUUCUGGUUUGAGUCAGUGUGCAUGCUGCUCGCGCUGUUGGUUGCGAAUCAGUUGAAGAACGCAGUUUCGGUUUAUAAGCAUACCGUGAAGUAUUAACAACAUUAUUGAAGAUAUUAAAAUUUCAUCCUAACCGAUGUUUCAUUUGUUUUGAUUGUCUCUACUAGUACUAUUCUGUAUUCUAUGAUAUACGUAUUUAAGAAAAUAGAAGAGAAAUAAAGAGAAUGUGUGGGCACAAGAA